CCUCGGCGACCUACGGUGCGCACGCCGGCGCACGUUAGCGCGGGUCCCUGUCUGCGCCCUCGGGAUGUAGAUCUUUAGGAUGUGGAUCAUGGAGAUGAAUCAAAACAAAGAGAGAGAGAGAGAGAGGAGGAGGGGGAGGAGGAGAUUGGAGUGGCCUAUGUGGAGAUCGAUCGCCACCUUUUCCCCCUUGUGAUUCUUCUCUUUCUUGUUGUUGUUAACGCCAUAUCAUCGUCUUUCUUUUUCUUGGAAUUUCUUUUGGUGGGGUUAUCGUUCGGAUUUGGCGAAGGGAUGGGGCGAUAGUAGAGGGAUUCCGUAGUGGUGGUGGUGGGGAUGGGGCGAGAGAGGGUCGAGGAGGACGAAGACGAGGGGUGGAGAUGCCUUAAUGAAGGGGACGGUGGCGGCGGCGGUGAUGCCGCCGGCCAACGGUUCUUUGACCGGAGCAAGGUUAGGAUACUGCUUUGCGACAACGAUCCCAAGAGCUCGCAGGAGAUUCUUCAGCUCCUCCUUAAGUGCUCCUAUCAAGUAACUUCAGCGAGGUCUGCCAGACAGGUGAUUGAUGUGCUUAAUGCCCAAGGAUCAGAAAUCGACAUCAUUCUUGCGGAGGUCGAGCUUCCAAUGGCCAAAGGAUUGAAGAUGCUGAAGUAUAUUGCAAGAAAUAAGGAUUUGAGGCGCAUUCCUAUAAUAAUAAUGUCUGCGCAAGAUGAGGUUUCAGUUGUCGUGAAGUGUUUGCGACUUGGGGCAGCUGAUUACCUUAUGAAGCCACUGCGCACGAAUGAGUUGUUGAACCUUUGGACCCACAUGUGGAGAAGAAGACGCAUGCUUGGCCUGACAGAGAAGGAUGUCUUCAGACAUGAUUUUGAGAUAAUUUUCUCAGACCCUAGUGAUGCCAACACAAAUAGUAUAACUCUUCUCUCGGAUGACACAGAUGAAAAACCCAGUAUGGGUACAAAUCCAGAAUUGAACUUGUCAAAUCUUCCUGAAACUGAGUCCAAUGUGUCUCCUGUGGAGCCUGUCUGUAAUAAUCUUUUGGGAGAUGUACAAAAUAUUCCAAGGGAUGGUGAUCGGGCAGGGGGAAUAUUUUCAUUGCCAAAGAAGACUGAGUUGAAGGUUGGUGGUUCUUCUGCCUUCUUGACAUAUGUCAAGUCAAGUGCAUCAAGCCGAAUGCCAUGUAUUGAUGUUGAUGUGAAUUCUGCUCCAUCAGAACCCUCAAAUCGUGAAGAAAGCUCUCUUGCAGUGGGUGAUACAGCACGAUGCAACAGCAAAUUGGUGCCAGAAAGCUAUAUUGGUGGAAAUGGGACUCCAACCAGUAAGAAUAUAUGCAAUAUGAAGGACUUCCAAACACCACCAGAGUUUCCCACAUUAUGUGUGUCUUCUUCUACUGAGCAGCAGCCACAGUUGAGGAAUGAGGUUCUGAGUGAUGGAUCUGGCAUCCCACCUAUCUUUUCUUUGCCAUUUUAUUAUCCGGGUGUGAUGGAUCAGAACAUAUUAUGUUCACAUGGGCAGUUGUUUCAGGGUAGCUUGAAUGAUGUGCAAGCACACCCCGCACCAGCCUUGCUGCCUCACUACGGUGUUGUUCCUCGUAUGCCUCUGAUACCAUCAUUCCCUUAUCAGACAUUCGGCAUAAAUAUGCAAUCGGGUCAUGUGGCUGCACCAAAUUUGUCUUCAUCAAUGACCACCCCGUCUGUGCUCGAAGUGAAACCUGGUCGGAUCGAAAAAAGAGCAGCGGCACUCGUCAAGUUCAGGCAGAAAAGAAAGGAUAGAUGUUUUGAUAAGAAAAUUAGGUAUGUAAAUCGAAAACGCCUCGCAGAGAAAAGACCAAGAGUUCGAGGCCAGUUCGUGAAGCAAGUUAACAAUGUAGACGUUAACCAAAAUGUAUUGGGUGGUGGUGAUGGUGAAUUUGGCGAUUACGAAGAUGAUGAACCUACAUCCAAGGAACUAGAACUCAUUUCUUCUCCAGAACAGAAUGCUUCUGACUGUUAGACUGAAGCUGGCAAUAUUUCCAUAGACUGCUGAUGAUCAAAAUAUAGGAAGGCAGAUGAUGUUCUGACACCGGCAAACUUCCCAUUCAAGCUGUGCUAUUUAUGAACCAUGUUGUUACGGCUAAUAUGUUCCAAGACUUAUAUUACAAAAGAAAAGUGUGAUGAUGAUAAUUGGAGGUGUUAAAGGCAUUUAGGUGGUAUCGUUGGUUAAUCUUAUUUGCCGGUUUAGGUAUAGGUGGCUUCUUUCUCCUAGUUACAAUUUACUACUUUCAAAAGCUGCUGUCUCCUUAAGUUCACUGUUGCAUUCUUGGACAUUGUGAUACCCAUAUUGAUGCAAGUCUUACAGAUAGAUAUAAUAUCAAAUACUGCACUGAAGAGUUUUAAUCC